AUGAGCGAACAACCCAUUCCCUGCCAAGUAGGGGAUUUCCAUGAAGGAAUUCCCAAAGUGGAGAAGACUUACGAAUGGCUGGACUGGGGACUGAAUUUCUCAGCUCAAACUCAGUAUGAUAUCACUUUGCAAAAGCACCCUGAAAAGACGGUCCAUAAUUGCUUCCAGUGUGGAAAGAGCUUCCUUUCAGGAGAGGAGCUCAUGAGACACCAGAGAAUCCAUAUAAGAGAGAAACUGUAUUGCUGCUCAGACUGUGGCAAGAGGUUCUCAGAGAAUUCAAACCUUAUUCAACAUCAGAGUUCCCAUCAUUCAGGAGGGAAAACAAUUGUCUGUUUAGAGAAUGGAAAUAAUUUUUCUGAAGGGAAGGCAGAUGAAUCACAGCUCCUUUUGCACCAAAGAAUCCACCCAGGGGAGAAAACGUUUGAAUGCUCAGAGUGUGGAAAGAAAUUCAAACAGAGUGUCAGUCUUCAACAGCAUCUAAGAACCCACACAGAUGAGAAACCUUUUGAGUGCUCAGAGUGUGGAAAGAGAUUCCAUUACAGGGUCCUUCUUCACUAUCAUCAAAGAACACACACAGGGGAGAAACCUUUCCAAUGCACAGAGUGUGGAAAGAGCUUCAGCUGGAGAGGCAAUCUUCAACAGCAUCUAAGAAGCCACACAGGGGAGAAACCUUUUAAAUGCUCAGAGUGUGGAAAGAGAUUCACUGGAAGUCACAGUCUUCAGCGGCAUCAAAGAACCCACACAGGUGAGAAACCUUUUGAAUGCUCAGAGUGUGGAAAGAAAUUUUUCUCGAGUGGUGAUCUUCGACAGCAUCGAAGAACUCACACAGGGGGGAAACCUUUUGAAUGCUCUGAGUGUGGAAAGAGAUUCAGAGUGAGUGUCAGUCUUCAACGGCAUCUAAGAACCCACACAGGUGAGAAACCUUUUGAAUGCUCAGAGUGUGGAAAGAGGUUCCAUUGCAGUGUCCUUCUUCACCAUCAUCAAAGAACCCACACAGGGGAGAAACCUUUUGAAUGCUCCGAGUGCGGAAAGAGGUUCAGCUGGAAAGGCCAUCUUCAACGGCAUCUAAGAACCCACACAGGUGAGAAGCCUUUUGAAUGCUCAGAGUGUGGAAAGAAAUUCAGUGAAAGUCGCAGUCUGCAGCGGCACCUAAGGACCCAAACAGGUGAGAAACCUUUUGAAUGCUCAGUGUGUGGAAAGAGAUUCAGCUUGAGUGGUGAUCUUCAACAGCAUCAAAGAAUCCACACAGGGGAGCGAACUUUUGAAUGCUCAGAGUGUGGACAGAAAUUCAGAGGGAGAUGCCACCUUCAACAUCAUCGAAAAACCCACAUAGGGGAGUGUCUGCUGAAGCCUUUGAUCCCAGAGUUGUUACCCACAACUGUCUCAGAUCCGGUGGACAUCCUUCAAGGCACUGCCAAUGGAGUCCGGGCCAGUGUCAGAGAGCCGUGGAAGACAGAUACAGACGGUGGCUCUGGGCCCUUCACCCCCAUCGAAUGA